UUUGCAGGCCGUCAGAUGGACGGCAGGAGCGGUUACUUCCUGAGUUUAGGGAAGGGGCUUGGUCCCGUGCCCGCGCAUCGCGAGAACGCGCAGCAAAUUAGCAUCGAUGAAGUUAGUGCGAACAUGGCGGAUUUCCUGCCGUCCAGGUCCGUGUUAAAAGUUUGUCUACCCGCCUGCCUGCUCAAUGCCGGCGAGGCGGAGCAGACCCGAAAGUCCAGGGCGAUCGAUAAAACUCUUUCCCGGGAGAAAACCUACGUGAAGCGGCUGGUGAAGAUCCUGCUGCUGGGCGCGGGCGAGAGCGGCAAGUCGACUUUCCUCAAACAAAUGCGGAUCAUCCACGGCGAGGACUUCGACCAGCAAGCCCGGGAUGACUUCAGAGGGACGAUCUACAGCAACGUUAUCAAAGGUAUCCGUGUGCUGGUGGACGCUCGGGAGAAGCUGCACAUCCCGUGGGGCGACCCUGACAACCAGCAGCAUGGCGACAACCUGAUGGCCUUCGACACCCGGUCGGCCAAGAUGGCGACCGGGCAGCUAGACAAGGAGGUGUUCCUGCGCUACGCGACCGCCAUUAAAGCCCUGUGGGCCGACUCGGGCAUCCAGAACGCGUACGACCGGCGCAGGGAGUUUCAGCUGGGCGAGUCGGUGAAAUAUUUCUUGGAUAAUCUGGAUAAGCUCUGCAAGCCGGAUUAUCUGCCCAGCCAACAGGACAUCCUGCUGGCCCGUAAGCCCACCAAGGGCAUCCACGAGUAUGACUUUGAGAUCAAGAACGUUCCCUUCAAGAUGGUGGACGUCGGGGGGCAGCGGUCAGAGCGGAGACGCUGGUUCGAGUGCUUCGACUCGGUCACCUCCAUCCUCUUCCUCGUGUCUUCCUCUGAAUACGACCAGGUGCUGAUGGAGGACAGGCAAACCAACCGGCUGCGAGAGUCGCUCAACAUCUUCGAGACCAUCGUCAACAACCGCGUCUUCGUCAACGUCUCCAUCAUCCUCUUCCUGAACAAGACGGACCUGCUGGAGGAGAAGGUGAAGCUGGUGCCGCUCAAAGACUACUUUCCCGAGUACAGCGGGCCGGAGCACAGCCUGCCGGACAUCCAGGCCUUCAUGGUGGAGUGCUUCCGCGCCAAGAGGCGCGACGCCACGCAGAAGCCGCUCUACCACCACUUCACCACCGCCAUCAACACGGAGAACAUCAGGCUGGUGUUCCGGGACGUCAAGGACACCAUCCUGCACGACAACCUCAAGCAGCUCAUGCUCCAAUGACACACACGCCAAACCCCGCCCCCCCGAUCGACCCGCCGCAGCCUGUGAACGCCAGAGGACCUGAAGGAGGACGGACUCGGGAGAUCAGAGACUUUGUGUUUUAGGCGGUUUUUACUCCUCCUGUUGUCGUAGCUCAGGAUCUGAUUACAGAGGCAGAUAUUUAGGCAAACUGUGGUAUUAAACGUCAAAAAAACUGAAAAAUCUAGAAAU